GUGGUGAUUUUUCACCAGAUCUGGUAGUUUUUCAUAUGCUCGACAAAAUAUUUUUUCCUCAUGUAGCACGGAUCGGCGGCGGUUCCCUCUCAAACGGAGUCUACAGCAGGCUCGUACCACGUGAAGGGUACAAAAAGGGUCAAUUUUGCCGCCCUACUAUUGGUGGCGCCCGGGGCGGUCCGCCCCCCCGCCCCCCUCCUCGCUACGCCACUGUUAAGCAGAAGCUCGCUGGCGUCUCUCUGUCUAUGCUUUGUGUCUCUCUGAGCAGCGAGCAAAAUGUCGAGCUCCUCAGAUGAAGAUAUCUUUCUAUUAGAAAAUGUGUUUCUCAAAAUGCGCAAACAAAGUGUACACCCCAUAAAUAGAAAAAGAAAAAUUUACGGAGAAUAUCAUCAUUUAUUUCAAGACAUUAAAGCAGACAAACAAAGAUUUUAUAGAUAUACAAGAAUGACUCCAGAAACAUUUUACUACAUUUUGGAUAAAGUAGAACAUCGAUUGAUAAAAAACUGGUGUAAUUGGCAUCAACAACCUAUUCUCCCAGAAGAAAGACUUGUUGUUACCAUUCGGUAUCUGGCAACAGGGGCAACAUUUGCACAUUUGGCUUCUGAAUUUAGAAUGGGUCUUUCCACAAUAAAGGAUAUUAUAGAAGAAACAACGAAUGUAUUGUGGGAUGAAUUACAUCCAGUACACAUGCCCAUACCUACAAAGGAGGCUUUUCGUGCAAUAGCAAAUGACUUCAACAAUAUUUGGAAUUUUCCAAAUGUUUUAGGGGCAAUCGACGGAAAGCAUGUGCGCAUACUCUGUCCAGAUGGAUCAGGGUCCAUGUUUUACGCAACUUUAAUAAACGUCUAUCAAGAGCUAGAAAAACUAUAGAGUGUGCGUUUGGUAUAGUAAAUUCGAAAUGGCGAUUGCUUUCCAAAUGUAUUGAAACCAAUAUUGAUGUAGCUGACCAAAUCGUUAAGUGUAUAUGUGUUUUACAUAACACUAUCAUUGAUAAAGAAGGUAUCAACCGUAACUUAACUCCUGUUCAUUUAGUACGAAGAAGGUGGAAUAACUCAGGGCACGACUCAAAUGAGGCAAUGGAUAUCAGAAAUAUUUACGUCAAUUAUUUUUUACAUAACUCACUAGCUUACAAUAAUUAAGUGUUUAUUGUUAAUAAAUUCAAUAAGUAAAUAAACUCACCGUCUACAUCCAUCUCGGCACUUAUUUCCCUCCAGCAUUUAUCCACCACGUAUCUGUUUGAAUGCCUUUUGUCUCUUUUAUCCCAAACAGGUGGUUUACUAAAAACUAACGAAAUCAGUAUAUCAAUAUCCAUAUUAUUAAACGCGGUGUUGUUCCCUUGAAAAUUAAGCCGCAAAUGGCAGUUUACCAGCGCUUAUCGGCGCAGGUCGGAACCGGUCAAAACUUGUCAGCGCCGUUCGGCGCUUAUCGGCGCUGUUUCGACACAAAGUAUAGAAACUGCCUGCGCCGGCUGCCUGCGCGCACCGGUUCCGAUAAGCGCUGCUAGAUCGGCGCCGGUAACCAGCUUUCUAUGUGCAUACGCCCUAACUCUGUAAAGCCGCUUGUUGUAGCCAAGUUUGGGAUUAGGCCUUCAUUUCCUAUAAAUGUAAAUGUUUGCUGAUUACUUCCAGUAACUUCUCUCCAUUCAGAAUUUACAGUCGCAUUGUUAACAGGAUUAUCAUUACGAGUACCAUCUAGCGAAAGGUUUCCUUCGAAAGAUAUCGCUUCUGAAGAGCUGGAAGAACUGUACUGAAAGUCCGGAUCUCUGACGCUAUCAUCACUGUCCUCGGC